AUGCAGUUCGCUCCUCCGCCUGCUUCACAGACGCCAUUGGUCGCCAACGCGUUCGGAUAUCUAGUUCCAGGCAGACCGCCACAGUACAGCGACAGCUUUCAACAAAUCGAACCUGCGAAAUGGAGCAUCGACAUCGACAACAGCCAGCAGAUCAGGGACGUGGUGGUCUUCUUGACUCAACCUCUGACGGUCGCGGGGAUGGGGUUGAGCUGCUACAUCACGGGGCCUCCUUUCGAGAAAUGGCAUUUCAUUGGCGCUCUUACCAACGAGUGUCCAAGUGGAGUGUUUCGCGUGAGAUGGCCGCCAGACGAGGGAGCUCCGACAGCAGCAAGACUAGGGGUCUCCAUCGAGAGCUUGGAUUUGAUAGCACAACAGCAGGCGUCUCUUCCUGGAACUGAACUUGUAGAUUUUGGCAAAUCGGUGGCGAAGGAUCUUUGGAACUAUCUUACGAGCUUUGAGAUCAUGCACCAGCAAGGGCAAUUUCUCCUGCAGUACUUCGAUGCCUGGAUGAAGCGCUUCGAGGAGAAGUGCAAACGAGAUCCUUUCUGGUGGCUCAACCGCGUUGACUGA